GGCACCGGCUAUUUUCAAUACGGGUUGCCAGAUUUAGUGCCAGAUCCUUAUUACAUCCAAGCAGCCACUUAUGUCCAAAAGACGUCUAUGUACAACCUGAGGUGUGCUGCUGAAGAGAAUUGCCUAGCUAGCUCAGCUUAUAGAUCAGAUGUUAGAGACUAUGAUAACCGAGUACUUCUGAGAUUUCCGCAGAGAGUGAAAAAUCAAGGUACAUCUGAUUUCUUACCAAGCCGACCACGAUACUCAUGGGAAUGGCACAGCUGUCAUCAACAUUAUCAUAGCAUGGAUGAAUUCAGUCACUAUGACUUACUUGAAGCAAGCUCACAUAGCAGAGUAGCUGAAGGACACAAAGCAAGUUUUUGUCUCGAAGACACUUCUUGUGACUAUGGAUACUAUAGGCGAUUUGCAUGUACAGCCCACACACAGGGACUGAGUCCUGGUUGUUACGAUACCUACAACGCUGAUAUAGACUGCCAGUGGAUUGAUAUUACAGAUGUUAAACCUGGAAAUUACAUUUUAAAGGUUAGCGUCAACCCAAGUUACUUGGUACCAGAAUCAGACUAUUCCAACAACAUUGUACGUUGUGAUAUCCGCUAUACAGGCCAUCAUGCAUAUGCCUCUGGGUGUACAAUUUCCCCAUACUAAGAUGAAAGAAAAUUGGUUUACUGAUACCCAAGAUUUGGAGAUGCAAUUAUUUUAUAAACUGAAUAGGAUGUAAACACUUUUGAAAAAUGAGAAGGACCAGAAUAUAUACAAAGAAUUUUAAUCUGACUCUGAAGUCUUAAGAACUUCUUCAAAAUGAAUUGCUUGUUUGAUUAAGCUAUCCAGCUUUUGAAGCCAGUGAGACAAUGGUACUCUAUAGAAAGAAUAAUGAAUUCUAAAGGAAGUUAACCUACUUAUAUAAAUAUCUUUCCCAUUGACUACUGGAAAUCAGUAUAAUAUUUGAGAGUGCUUUUUAGAAAUAUAAAAGGUGCUAUAGCAUAGGCAGGUACUCAAAGAGCUGCUUUGUUUCAUUGGAUGGUUCAGGCACGUCUAAUGGGAGUUCAAACAUUUAUGUUUAAAUAGCAAUAGGCCCAUUGCUUCAUAGUAUCAUGAAAGUCUUCUAACAUCUUUUUGUUACCAACAGUCAACGGUGCUAGUAUCCAAAUCCUCUGGAUUAUAGAAUAAUUUCAUAGUUCUUUGAUAUGCAGUCAUGUAAUACUGAUUGUGAAGAGUAUAGGAAGGAACUGAAGUUGUGGAACAAAUUGGUAGGGAGGAUGAAGCUUCCACAAAUACCAAAGCUUCAUUUUUUUGUCUAAUAGAUACAAAAGUAGGCUUCAUUUUAAAGGACAAAUUUUAAUGCUUAAACACCAGAUAGCAUACAAAAUGAUUCUAUUUUUAAAGCAUUAGCAGGCAAAUAACCUUAAACCAAAAAGUAUAUCAGUAUUUUAAAACAUUACUUAGAAUAUUAAAACACCACAUUUGUCUAUUUCCAGUGCUUCCUGCAGACUGCUUUGCAUUUUCUCCUCUUCCUUUCCCUCAACUGGAAAGAGUUUCAAUUACAAAUGUUGGAAAGAUUUUGAAUUACAGAUGUUUAGAAACCACUUCCCAUGAAUUGGACUUGGAUAACAGAUUGAAAAUGAUAUAUGCUCACCAGAAAAAAAGUUCAUAAGCUUGAUGCUUUAUGUUGUGUUCCAUUAUAAAAUCUAGUUUCUAGCUACGUGGAAAAAAACCAUUCAGGUGAAGUCAUAAAAUGAGCCUUACCCAGAUUUGUCUCUGUACCUCAUGAAUAUACAAGAAAAUGUUCUUUUAAAGUGUUUGUUUAGGAAAUCAAAAUGAAUUAUUUUAUACAUAUACGCAAGCACAGAUGUGCUCAUAUAGAUAUACUCAAACCUGUAAGCACCUGCAUCAGCCAGGUAUUAUACAGACUUGGAAAUAAAGUUGCAGUUCAGAUUUCUACUUGGGAUAUUACAUAGACCAAACCAAAUUUGAAGCACAGUUAAUUAUACUAAGGAAUAGUAAAUCAACUUACCGGUAAAACAGGUUGAAAUUUUUCCUCAAAAUGGAUAUAUAAAUCCUCAUUCACUGAAUCAUCUUGACAUAGAAUUCUUAAAUUGUGACAUGACAUGUAACAUUUGGAAUAAAAAAAAAUUGUGGAAAGAUUUUAUAGUUAGAAUCCCAAACAUUUGGGUGCUUUUUAACUUUCAUUGUCCAAUUGUCUGUGGUGAGAUUCCCUUCCAUUCUAAAGCAAAUUUCCCCAAAUCUGCUCUGGAACACCUACGACACUGCAUUGACAAAAAUUAGCAAUUUACCUUCAUCCAAUGAGCACUAUAAUUUGUUCCACCCAUUUAGAUUAAGCAUUUAUUCUAUCAUUCAAGCAAUGUGCCCACAAGUCUGUGUAGACAAAAUCACAAGACUGGAUCCUUCCUAUCUACUUGUCAAGGCCUCCUUAUCUUUUUGAUGGAUGUUGAACUGCCAGUCCUGAUCAUAUUCUCAACCGCACAUUAACAUAUGUUGCACUAUUAUGUCAACCACUUGAAUUGUUUAUACCUAAGCUCCUGUUUAAAAAAAAACACCCAGAUUUUUGUAGCAAGGAACUGUAACUGGUAUUGUGACACCAGUAACUACUAAGAGGACAGUCCCUCAGGAAAGUUGUUGAUCUUCUCUCAAGUAAGGUAAGAGAUAGUUGGCCUGACAAUUGAGUAACUGCAAUACAGGAUCAUAAUGUAAAAGAUGCAUUUUUUCUUAUGAUAAAACCAUAUUUUCAUAUAUAAAAGUAGCAUAUCUGUUAUUUAUUAUGUGAACAGAAGGUGUGUAUAGAAUCCAGAGAAGGGCAUGAACAGAAAAGGAUACUAUUUUGUGAAGGAUGCUGUAAUUUAAGAAUUUUUGUUCACCUUAAAUAAUGAAGUAGAAUUCCUAAAUCAUAAGGAAUAUUUCUUUCUUAUCAACUUGGCCACUCAACUGGAAGAAACGUUGAAUGUGGUAAAGAUCACAGGAGAGUUCCACAUAGUGAGGUUGACCCAUCUAUGUGACUUUUACUAAAAACAGAAACCUUGCUGUGCCAAAUAUUUAAUGAUGCACUACAUUAAAAGAUUUUUUUUAACGACAAACUAAUAAUGGAAAUUUCAAUACAUUCCUAUCACUUCAAGCUGGAUAUAACUAAAGUACUAUACUCAUUUCGUUAAAAGUGGUCUAUCCUGUGCUUUUCAACACAACAAAGAUUUUCACAUUCUACAAAUUACAAAGGUGCUUAUAUUUAACUUGAACUGAAAAAAGUAAAUAUCUUAUUUUCCCAAGAACCUUACUUUAAAAUCUAAACAUCUUUCUAUGAAGUAAUUUAUAAUUAAUCAUACACUAACAUUGUAUUCUUCACAGAACUUCCAUAUUCUUAUACUGUUUGCAAAUUUAUGUGAAAAUGACAAAUAAAAACGUUUCAAA